AUGGGAAGCAGUCGUAGAAAGAGGGCUCUUUCCUUGCGCACCCAACUGUUCAAUAAACAGUUACAUGAUAAAUUUCAUAGAGAUUAUCAGGAGGACGUAGAGCUUGAUACAAUGAGCACAGAAAAUGAUGUCCACAAACCUCAUGAUGAAGAUAGCGUUGGAUUUAUGACGACGUUAUUCGAUCUUAUAUUGAACAGGCAACGCAUAAGACAUACCAAGGCGGGUCGUGUAAUACCGUUGGCGCUUGAUCGAGAGAAUGAUUUUUUCAUGGGGUUUACUGACCAAUCACGCCAGUUAUUAGACGAACGAACACAAAGGCCUUACGUGAACAACACUAUAACAUCUUCACGUUAUACUAUCUACUCAUUUUUCCCCAGACAAUUGUACGCACAAUUUUCAAGACUGGCUAACACAUAUUUCUUUAUUGUGGCCAUUCUUCAGAUGAUCCCUUCUUGGUCAACCACCGGUACUUAUACUACCAUUAUCCCUUUGCUUAUAUUCAUGGGUAUAUCGAUGGCUCGUGAAGCAUGGGAUGAUUUCAGAAGACAUCGUCUAGAUAAGGAAGAGAAUAACAAAAUAGCCAAAGUACUUAUAAGAGGCAGUAAUUCUGGCUCCGAGGAUGUUAACGAUUUGAAUAGUUUUUACUCUGUUUCUGAGUAUCAGCAUAAUGUAAACUCUAGAAGCUCUUUGAAUAGGGUGCGCACACCUCCUUCUGACGAAGAGGAUACAACCAGCGACGGUAGCUUUACUAGUUGGAAUAUUUUAAGAAGCAGAUAUGAUGUGCACCUAGUUAAAAGGCAAUGGAGGGACCUCAAAGUUGGUGACUUCGUUGCACUGACGCAGGAUGAUUGGGUUCCUGCGGAUUUACUUAUUUUGACUUGCGAUGGUGAAAACAGUGAGUGCUUUGUGGAGACAAUGGCAUUGGAUGGUGAAACAAAUUUGAAGAAUAAACAGCCAUUACCAGAAGUGAACAAGGUCAUGCAAACGGCCGCAGGUUUAACUAACUUCAAGGCUAAAGUUACUGUCGAAGAUCCAAAUAUCGAUCUGUACAAUUUCGAGGGUAACGUAGAAAUUCCAGAAGAGAAGAAAAAGUAUAUGAUUGGUUCAGAUAAUGUUAUAUACAGAGGAAGCAUUUUAAGAAAUACACAAAACGUUGUGGGCAUGGUGAUUUUCACUGGUGAAGAAACCAAAACUCGAAUGAAUGCUAUCAAGAAUCCACGUAUUAAGGCGCCAAAGCUGCAAAGAAGAAUCAACAUAAUUGUUAUAUUUAUGGUCUUUGUUGUUGCUUGUAUGGCACUAUUUUCUUUCAUGGCACAAAGACUUAUUAAAAAGGAUUAUGUUGAUAACAAUAGAGCAUGGUAUCUAUUCAAUGAAGAUGCAGGUUUAGCCCCUACUGUAAUGUCAUUCAUCAUCAUGUACAACACCCUGAUUCCCUUGUCUCUUUAUGUCACCAUGGAGAUCAUCAAGGUGAUGCAAAGUAAGUUAAUGGAAUGGGAUAUUGACAUGUAUCAUACUGAAACCAAUACCCCGUGCGAGUCUAGGACAGCUACAAUUCUUGAAGAACUGGGUCAAGUUUCGUAUAUCUUCAGUGAUAAGACUGGCACUUUAACUGACAACAAGAUGAUAUUUCGAAAAUUUUCGGUGUGUGGGAGUUCAUGGGUACAUGAUAUCGAGCCUGAUUCAUUUGAUCUGACCAAAUCCGAGACCAACGACAGUAAAGGCAUCGACGUUAUAUCCGUGGAUGAUAAAAGUUUCCUGAACAAUUUUGAUACAACAAAUGCACGUCCAGUAAGAUCAACCCGAACUUCAGUCGAAUACAAAGGAAAUAGCUCUACGACUUACACGGGGAGACCUAGCAUGGCAUCUCACAUAAGAGAAGUUAGAAAUCAACGGGCAAGUUUCGAUUACCCAAGUGAUGUGAAAUCCAACAAAUCAGUUGGAAGCAGCAAUUCUGACGACAUAAAAUCGUCUGUUGAUUUCAUAUUAUACAUUCAACAGCAUCCUCACACAGCAUUCGCUCGGAAGGCUAAGUUCUUCAUUUUAUGUCUAGCAUUAUGUCACUCUUGUCUGCCGAAGAUUACCAACAUUGAUGCAGAAGACUCCAUCGAAUAUCAGUCUGCAUCUCCUGAUGAGCUUGCACUUGUAACAGCGGCACGCGAUCUCGGAUACGUGGUAUUAAAGAGAAAUGCCAAAAUUCUAACAAUAAAAUCCUACCCAAAUGGUUUUGACAAUGAACCUGUCCUUGAGGAAUACGAAAUCUUGAAUUCUAUAGAAUUCAAUUCCAAAAGGAAAAGAAUGUCAGUUAUAGUCCGAGUGCCACAUGAAAAGGGCCGAGUGCUUCUCAUCUGUAAAGGUGCAGACAAUAUUAUCCUUGAAAAGCUUCACAACUGCGAACUAGCUGAUCAAAAGUUAUCAGAGCUUCGAACAACAACUAAUGAACGGAAAAUUGCAGAGGCUGAACUUGUGUUACAACAGAGAAAAUCUUUGGAAAAUGCUGCGGCAGGCUUUGCUGGAGGUUCAAUACACAGAACAUCAACAAACAAGCCUGGUAGAGCAAGCUUGUCAUUAAAGGCGGCUAGAAAAAGCUUAUCAAGGCCCAGCAUGGCAUUGGGAGAUCCUGAAGAGCAAAUAAAUUCAAUUGACGAUUUCCUCAGUAGCGUGGAACGGGCUAACACUGAAGUUAAUGAAGUCUUCGCAAAAAGUCGAAAAUCUUUACAUAAACAACAAAAAGAGCGCUAUCAAGCAAACUUACAAUACUCAACCGGCUCUAAUUCUGCCGAACCUUUAUCGGGAGAUUCUAUCACGCAAACACCUACCGAUAUGCUGGGAAAUAAGUCCAAUAGCUCCAUAGAGGAGUACAUUGGUGAUGAUGAAUUAGUUCUGAACGAGGAAUAUGUUAUUGAGCGAACUUUACAAGCCAUUGAUGAAUUUUCAACAGAUGGAUUGAGAACUCUUUUGUACAGUUUCAAAUGGAUUGACGGAGAAGACUAUGAAAAGUGGAGUGACCAGUAUCAUGCGGCAAAAACGUCUCUGGUUAACCGUCGUGAAAAGAUGGACGCCAUAGGUGAAGAAAUCGAGACCGAUCUGGUUUUACUAGGUGCUACCGCCAUUGAAGACAAGCUUCAAGAAGGUGUUGCAGACGCCAUUGAGAAAAUAAGAAGAGCUGGAAUUAAGAUGUGGAUGUUGACAGGCGAUAAAAGGGAAACCGCUAUUAACAUUGGCUAUUCAUGUAGAUUAAUCCAUGAUUACUCGACUGUAGUAAUUUUGUCACCAGAUGAUGAAAAUUUAUCAUCGAAAAUGACAGCAGUUUCCCAAGAGAUUGACCAUGGUAAUAUCGCCCACUGUGUAGUCGUCAUAGAUGGUGCGACAUUGACAAUCUUCGAGAGUAAUCCUACUCUGAUGUCAGUAUUCAUCGAAUUAUGCACCAAAACAGACUCUGCCAUCUGUUGCAGGGCCUCUCCCUCCCAAAAGGCCCUUAUGGUAACACAAAUUCGGAAUACGGAUAGAAAUUUGGUGACAUUAGCAAUCGGUGAUGGUGCUAAUGAUAUUGCAAUGAUUCAAUCCGCUGACAUUGGCGUAGGGAUUGCAGGAAAGGAAGGUCUACAAGCUUCAAGAUCAUCUGAUUACUCAAUUGCACAAUUCAGGUUUUUGCUUAAGCUUUUGAUGGUUCAUGGACGGUAUAAUUACAUUCGGACAUCAAAAUUUGUUCUCUGCACAUUUUACAAGGAGCUUCUUUUUUACUUGACGCAAAUGAUUUACCAAAGACAAACAAUGUUUUCAGGGACAUCAUUGUAUGAGCCUUGGUCUCUUUCCAUGUUCAAUACACUUUUCACUUCCUUACCCGUGCUCUGUAUUGGUAUGUUUGAAAAAGAUUUGAAGCCAAUGACAUUAUUGGCAGUGCCAGAAUUAUACACAAUGGGGCGACUAUCACAGUGCUUUAACUUGCAUGUUUUUGUAUAUUGGAUGUUCUCUGCGGCCAUCAACGCUGUACUUAUUACCUUUUUAAAUUGGGUCAUCUGGUCAUCCACUGCUCUUUCCGACAAUACGAUUUACCCCAUGGGUGUUGUAAAUUUUACUGCUAUUGUUUGGCUAAUCAAUUUCAAAUGUCAAUUCCUCGAAAUGCGCAACCGGAAUGUGUUAGCAAUGUGCUCAGUAAUCAUUUCAGCAGGUGGGUGGUUAGUAUGGUGCUGUCUGCUUCCAGCCAUAUAUUCUACUGAUGGUCCGUACGAUGUUUUGGUGGGCUUAUAUGAACGUUUUGGACAGGACAUAACCUUUUGGUGUGCAAUUUUUGUCUUGAUCAUUUUGCCCAUGACAUGUGAUGUUGUUUUCCAAACAUUCAAGGUGAUGGUAAAACCUACCGAUUCAGAUGUGUUCGCCGAAUUAGAACAAAAAGACGAAGUUAGGAAAAAAUUAGAGUUUAAUGCCUUCAAUGAGCUCAAACAAGGCUGGACUUGGGAUCGCGAUCCAAGUACCAUUGCGAGAUAUACCGACAAGGUAAUGAACUAUAGACAAAACUUACCGGAAACGGAAGCGCAAUCUAAUCAUACAAGGUCUAGAAAAAACACAAUACCUAGCUCUACGGAAUUACCAAUGAAUAGUGGAAGUAAAAUGACGCUCAAAAGCGGAUCUACUUUCAACAACGAAGAAUAUGAAAUGCUGCCUAGUGGCAAACUUAUAAAAAGACGUAAACCGACGACUGACCACAAUAACGAUGAGAAGCCACUCUCACAAAUACUGGGUAAAAAAUUGAGAUUUAAGCUCAAACCAAAGGAAGAAGAAGAGGAUGUUGACGCCAUCAUUGCAGAAAGAAUGAGAGACUUAGAAUGA